AUGGCUCAUCAGUUCACCAGAGUCGAGAAGGCUGCGCCCAUUUUCCAGAGGUUGGUCAGACAUUCGGAGAACUUUGUUUUAAUUGAAAUAGAUAAUAUUUUUAUUUUUAGAGUGAGUGGUCUUAUCAAAGCCGGCCAGUUGAGAUGGGAGGAUCGGCCGCUUUGGUUUGAUGUCUACGUACUGUGCCCUCCGAUACACAAGCCGACAUGGAAUCUGGAGAUGCCGAAGAAGGACGACCCUGUCAGACAGUUGUUUUACCCAGAAGAUACGAUCAGAGCGUAAGUAUCUUUGUCUGUGACAUUCCAUUUAUAGGUUUAAAACUGAUUUAAUGCCUCUUGAAUCAAAUUUUAAUUAUUGUACAAACUGUAAUUAAUAUGUUGGCUUUGUAUGUCACAUUACAAACCUAAUUUCAGUAGAUUUUACAAAACAUAUGGAUCCCCAGGAGUAAUCAACCUUCAUGUAGGAUCCAAGUCCAAAACCGUUUCAGAGCUAUUCACCGAGACAUACCAACGAUUAAAGACGGAAAAGCCUGAGGCUACAGAAGAUGAACUGUUCGAAGAUACGACGAAUGUGUUGGUCGAAGAUGGGAUCAGGCUAAGGAAGAGGAGAACACAACAAAAGCAAGAUUAG